UGAACAAGUUGGCAUUUUGCGAAUCAUAAUGCUCCGAAAAGCGCAGGACGGACACGACCAGGCUGAGGUGGUCAGCGGUGGCGGCGGAGGUGGCCUUUUCGACGAGAUCUCUCGCGAAUCGUAUGCGGUAACCAUCGCCAAAGCAACCAGCGGUGGCGACAACGCUAGCGACAAGCAGCUCCUUCAGAGUCCAAAGCUGGGCACCCUUGGAGGGGUGUAUUUCCCGUGCUUGCAGUCCAUCUUGGGCGUCACGUUGUUCCUUCGCAUGCCGUGGGUGACGUCCCAGGGCGGCGUCGUGCUCACAUGCGUCCUCUUCUUCAUGUGCCAAUCCGUGGCGUAUUUGACCACGUCGUCCAUCUGCGCCUUGGUGACCAACGGCAAGGUCUCGGCGGGCGGAGUAUACUUUUUGAUUUCGCACACCCUUGGCGUUGAAACUGGGUCAGCCAUCGGUCUCCUCGUGUUUGCCGGCUCCACAUGCAGCUUGGCAUUCAGUGUGUUGGGCGCGACGGAAAUUUUCAAAAAUAUUUUCGACACGUCCUUGUGGCCUGUGACCGACUCGCGGGUGUUUGCGCUCGUGCUACUCGUGGUCCUCUGUGGCAUCUCGUCCGUCGGCAUGAAGUACAUCAACAUGGCCGGCACCGCCUGCCUCGCGAUUGUGUUGGGCUCAAUUGCCGCGGCGGUCGUGGGGCUGGUUGUGCACGCCAGCCAAACCAUCCAACCAGGGGAUGUCGUUUGGUUUGAUAACAUGCAAACCAACUUCACCGUGGACCCGAAGACCAAUGUCCUGCCCAACUUGGCCAUGAUGAUCUCGUUGAUCUACCCCGGCACAACGGGGUACAUGUCCGGAGCCAUGCGGGCCAGCCAAUUGGAAAACCCGGCGAGAUCCGUGCCUCUUGGCACAAUCGCUGCGAUGCUCACGGUGUUGGCGAUCAACUUGAUGGUGGUGGUUGUGUUUGGCUCGGUCGUGUCCAACCAAACACUCAAGUCGGACAAACUCAUCAUGUCCACACUCGCAUUGCCGCACAAACAGAUUGUGAACGUCGGCAUCUUCUUCAGCGCGAUCGGCGGCGCCCUGCAGAAUCUGAUCAGCCAGCCGCGCAUGCUCGCCGCGAUGGCCAACGACAACGUCGUGCCGUUCCUUCGGCCGUUUGUCAUCCAGGAUGGCCAAGAGCCUCGCCGCGCCAUCGUCCUGUGCAUGUUCUUGACGUGCAUCCCGUGCUUUGCAGGCAACUUGGAUUACCUGUCGCCAUUCCUCACCAUGGUCAACUUGAUGUUGUGUCUCACACUCAACCUGGCGUGUUUGGCCGCGUCGUGUGCCCACACCCCUGGCUUUCGCCCGCAAUGGCGAUACUUUCACUGGUCCACGGCGUUGCUUGGGGCGUUGUGGUGCUUUGGGCUGAUGAUGUUCUUCUCGUGGGUCAAAGGGUUGCUCGCGAUUGCCAUUUGCAUCGCUGUGCGAGUGUACGUCAAGUACGUGGGCGUCGCACAAGACUGGGGCGAUUCUGUCCGUGGCAUGCAGCUGGAACUGGCAUGCACGUUGUUGAAAAUGCUCAACACGACGACGGAAGAAGAACACACCAAGAACUGGCGGCCCCAAGUGCUCGUGUUUUCGAAAAUGGACUCGACGGGGCUGCCAGUGUCGCCCCAGAUCCUCCACUUUGCCAGUCAGCUCAAGGAGGGCCACGGGCUCGUGGAAGUAGUGGGGCUCGUGCACGGCAACGACGACAACACAUACGACACGUGUCAGGCAGCCACGCUGGUUCUGCGCCAGCACUUGGCGUCAGCGCACCUGUCGGGUUUUGGUCAUGUCUACGCGUGCAAAGAUGCGCUGCAGAGCAUGGGCACGGUGGCGGAAGCAUCGGGCAUGGGCCCCCUCCGAAGCAACACGGUAGUGGUGGGGUGGCCCAACACGUGGGAGUCGGGGGACGCGACGCCGUAUGUGGACAUGCUGCACGACAUGAUCAACUGCAAGAAGGCACUGGUGGUGCUCAAGAACAUGGAGACAUUUCCGUUCAACGAUGUCAAGAAGAAAGGGCACAUUGACGUGUGGUGGGUGCUGCACGACGGUGGCCUGUUGUUGCUGAUUCCGUAUCUGUUGCGACUGCACCGGGUGUGGCGAAAAUGCACGUUGCGAUUGUUUGCCAUCGUAUCGAGCCAAGAAGAUGCUGGCGAGAUGCAAACUCGGCUAAAGGAUUUUCUCUCCCACGCGCGCAUCGAGGCGGAAAUCCACGUGGUCGAAUUGAGCGACUCAACAAUCUCGAGCUUGUUGCCCAAGCGAUCGGCAGAGGAGCUGAACCACAAAAAGGAGGCCCUGGACCGGAUGAAGGUACUAGUAACGUUACUCACUACUUCCAAAUAAGUUGCUGUUUCACUUUACGCUUGGUUUUGAGUAGGUGUCGACACUGUCGUUUUCGGUGCGCAACCCGUUGCAGUACAGCCAACUGACUGACGAGCUCAACGACGUUGGGUCAUUUGUGGAAGAAGAAGACGUCCCGGCCGUGCUGAGCCCGCGGAAGAGCAAGCCGCCACUGCCCAAGGGGUACAUUUCCGUGGACCCACGCAUGCUCCACGCCCAGAAAUUCAACCGUCAAGUGCAGUUGCAAUCUGCCAACGCGUCGCUGAUCGUGAUGAACUUGCCACGCCUCAUCGGCAUUCCUGCCCAGGAUUUUAUGCACUAUGUCGAAGCCCUGACCGAAAACCUCUCGUCGGUCCUGCUUAUCCGCGGCAGUGGCCGCGAAGUAGUUACCCUGCAAGCUUAAUUCCCCUUACUUAUACAACCUACAACUUGAUAUCUGG